UCCAUAUGGCAGAUCCUAGAUCAAUUCUCUCGAAAUUUCUCUGUUGGUAAAAGAACUCCGAAGUUGAAGCCACAGUGUCGGAAAGAGAGCGAGAGUGUUUCUAAAUAUAGUCAUUUGAAGCAUUUGAUUGUAGCAAUCUCUAAGUUUUUUCGGCAUUAUUACGACUUACAAAGGAAAAACGUGCGCAAACUGAUAAAACAUGUCUGAAAGCGAUUGGGACACGGUAACCGUAUUGCGUAAAAAGGCACCGAAAGCGUCUACUCUCAAGACUGAAACAGCCGUAAAUCAAGCUCGUCGACAGGGAAUACCGGUAGAAACUACACAAAAAUAUAAUGCCGGAACUAAUAAACAACAUUCCGCAACCAAAAAUACGGCCAAACUGGACCGUGAGACAGAUGAACUACGCCACAAAACCGUCAACGCGUCUGUUGCAAAAUUGAUUAUGCAGGGGCGUCAGGCUAAAGGUCUAAGCCAAAAAGAUCUUGCUACGAAAAUUUGUGAAAAACCACAAAUCGUUAACGACUACGAAGCAGGCAGAGGCAUUCCCAACAACUUGAUUCUAGGGAAGAUUGAACGUGUGAUUGGAAUGAAACUGCGCGGCAAAGAUAUCGGUACCCCGCUUGUGCCUCCCGCUAAGAAGUGAAUGUCGGGAGGCAUAAUCUAUUGGGAGGCGUGACUGCCAUUUGAAUAAUGCUGAUGCAACAUCGGUGGCAAUGAGUUAAUUUUAAAAGCUUCUUGAUCGCUAAUAAUCAACCGUAGUGAAAAGAAAACGUUCGGCGCCGAGGAUUUUCACUAUGGUCUGCAUAAACUUCAAAGCGAGCCGACCGAAUAGGAAACAAACGUGUGUCGUAUGUAUGUUGCGUUGCAACUAAAGUUAUUCGUCUGGAAAAUAAAUCAGUU